UUUGCUUUUGUAUCACUUGACAACAGGAGUAUCGUUGAAAUGGAUGUUGUUGAUGGCUGUCAGGUGGUUGCGAUGUGUAGAAAAACAUUGUGAUUGUUAACACACUGUGAUUACAGUGAGAAGUACGCUGAGUUAUGAAAGUGAUGGCUAGUAGUGUGCUAUUAGGAAUAAUGUUAUUGUGAAAGUGAAUGUUUUUCACGUGUGAUAAUUGUAUGCUGUGUACGUGACAGGGAAGGGCGGGGUUUCAAUUGGUCAUACUUCCGCUGUUGGCUUUAUCUAUCCAUUAUUAGUGUCCAUUUGAUGUAGUAACCAGUCAACAAAGCAAUCGACAAGAUGUGUUCUGUAAUACAUCCUGUAAAUAUGGAUGCCAACCGAGAAUCUGGAUUAGGUAGUGACUCCGACAACAUGGCUGAUCUUGCAGCCUUACUGCAAACGGAAAUUCCAGAGGGCCGCAGUAGCCUUGCUGAUAGCCACACAAAUCUGGAGAGAGUUGCUGAAUAUUGUGAGGCUAACUACUUUCAGUCUGAUAACAAGCGUGCUGCUUUGGAGGAGACAAAGAACUACACCACCCAAAGCCUGGCAAGUGUGGCGUAUCAGAUCAACACAUUAGCGUACAAUUUUCUGCAUCUUCUUGAUUUGCAGACUGCACAGCUGGCAGAAAUGGAAAGUCAGAUGAAUCACAUUGCUCAGACUGUAAUGAUUCACAAAGAGAAAGUAGCUCGCCGUGAGAUUGGUGUUUUGACAGCCAAUAAAACAUCAGCGCGACAGUACAAAAUCAUUGCUCCUGCCAAUCCAGAAAAGCCUAUAAAAUAUGUUCGCAAACCUAUUGAUUACACAGCACUAGACGACAUAGGACAUGGAGUACGCACAAGCAUCACUCCUCGCUCAAAGCAGCGAGGCCCUACUGGCAGUGGGGGCAGUGCUUCGUCUCUUGGAGUAUUAGUUGGGCCUGCUCCAACUACCAAACCACCUACACCUCCACAAACAUCACGACCUGGUGGUGGAUCCACAUUGGGACCUGGGGCUUGUGGCAGCCUUGGAAAGGGAUCCCGGGAAUAUCGUACCCCACCAGCUGUUGCACCACCUCAGGUUCCUAGUCAUUAUGCACCAAAUUACCCUCUAGGGCACCCACGAAGGGGUGAGAGAGGUGCUGGUUAUAGUACAUUACCAAUGCCACCACCACAGGUUGGCACUGUGCACCCACAACCACAUACAAACACACUGAGUGCUGCAACUGCUGGGGGCUAUGGACAGCGAUCCACUGAUCAUUUACCACCUCAUCACACACUUCCACACCCACAUCAACACCACCCGCAUCAGGUACAGGCAACUCGUCACUUACCAGGCAAUGUGUCACCACCAUUGCCACCACCACCUCCACCAGAGCAGGAAGCACGGCUCCGCAUUGUACCUGAUGAAGAUGAUUUGCCAGGAUGGGUACCAAAGAAUUAUAUUGAAAAAGUGGUAGCCAUUUAUGAUUACAAUGCUGACAAAGAGGAUGAACUGAGCUUCCAAGAGAGUUCCAUCAUAUAUGUGCUGAAGAAAAAUGAUGAUGGUUGGUGGGAAGGGGUCAUGGAUGGUAUCACAGGAUUGUUUCCUGGAAAUUAUGUUGAGCCUUGUGUUUGAAAAGCUUUUUAUGUCCUCAUUGUUACAUUAAGAAUGGUGGAUAUAUUACUACUACUACUACUACUACUACUACUACUACCACCACCACCACCAUUACUACUACUACUACUACUACUACUUUCAUCGCUAUUAUUUUUGCAUCAAAAUAUGACUUUCAAUGUUAUUUAUUGUGACAGUAGUAAGUCCUUAAGUUUGAAUUGCAUGUGCAGUUUUGUUGGGUGUAGCAUUGGUAAACUGCUCUAAUAUGGCUACUCUGUUUAUAACAAAUUUUUUAAGACUGUAAGUCUUUUAUUUGAUAAUGAUGGCCAGUGUUAUUUUAAAAUGAUGGCCAGUUGUUAAUACAAAAGUUUGCAAUGAAUAUAAUAAUAGAUAGGCACAUUUGCACUGAUAGUAGGGUGUAGUGAAGAUCUGUGUGUUUGCAAAGAUUGAAAAACUUUAACAUAAAACUGAUCACUGGUGGUUGCACAUAAAUUUAUUGCCUAAUAUUUUGCACUAGUAGCAGAGUCGUCUUUUGUGAUCAUGUAAUUAUCUACUAGUUGAUAGAUUUUGAGGACUGCUGUUGUUUUAUUAGAAUUAGAAGAGCUGACAAACGCCACCACUAUUGCCCAUGAGCAGUGUGCAGUUACAUAAUUUAAACUAUAUAGGAUGAAAGUAUUCAUGAAUAUCUGUGCUCAUUGUCAUACCAUAAGACUUUUCUAUGAUUCUUGUUGUUUGUUAUUCCUGUAGUUGCAGCUAAACUCCGACAAAAUAUUGUAACUGGAAGAAGUAAUUUUGUGAAACUUGACAUGCCAAAUUUUGAUAAGUUUUGCAUUCUGAAAUAAAGAAAUGAUGUUAAGCAAAUAAUGUUAUUACAUUCCAGUUAUGUAACUCAAGCUGUUUCCUAACUGGAAUGUCAGCAUUGCAUUGUCAUUUUGACAAAAUGUGUCCUUAAUGUGUUUGGUUGACUUGUUAUUGUUGAUGUAUUUGAACCUCAGUUUUGUUUGUGUUUUUAUAAAGGUAUGCACAGGUUCUUGGCAUUGUGUCACUGUUGUACAGAAAAAUGUAAAACUUACAUUUAGAUGACUAUGUAUUGUGCUGCAUCAGUAUCAUGAUUUCAAAACAAAAUUUCUUGUAUGAGGAUAUUACAUUUUAGAUAUGUUGCACAACCCUGCAAAUUCCAGACAAGAUUUUUUUCAAACAAUGGAAAAUCCAGGAUGGAAUGUAGCAAUAUUAUGGAAAGAAAAGUUGCAACUCACCAUAUAGCAGAGAUGCCGAGUCGCAGAUACACACAACAAAAAGAACUGUCACAAAUAAGCAAGCUUUUGGUCACACACACACACACACACACACACACACACGACUCUCCAAACUACAGCAGAUCAAGUAGUUCCAUUCAGCUUGUUUCGAGCUCGGGAGCGUCUCCCAUUGUAUUGACCUAAAGAUGAAAGUGAUGACUGACUUAGCAUAUUUUCACUCCCUGUUGUCUUAUGGAGCUGUGUUCUGGGGAAAUGACCUAAUGUGAAUAAAGUGUUUAUUCAGCAAAAGCAAGCAGUAAGAAUAUUGUGUAAAAUAGUUAACUGUGCAUCUUGAAGUAGUUGUUUUAAGUAUCAUGAAAUUCUUACACUUGCUUCCUGAUAUGUUACUCCUCAGUGGUUUUUGAUGCUGGGAUGAUAAUAAGUUUCAACUAAACUGUGUUACACAUAGUCAGAAUACAAGAAGAAAAUAAUUAUUUUUGGACUUUGCCUCCUUCCCAAAAGAGAAUUAAAAACAUGUCUGAGGCACUCUUUCUACAAAUUAUCUGAAUAUCAGGAAUCAAGAAUUGAAAAAUUCUAUUAACAACGUAGAAAGUGGCAGUGUUUGUUAUAAAGGUACAUGAUGAACACUAAUUUACUGCAAACUGGAAUCUCUAUUUGAAGGUGUCAUUAGCUAUUUUCUUCAAGAAAUAUCAUUGUAAUCUAGUAAUUACAAAUCCACCUGUAGGAAACAAACAAUAGCUAUACAGGAUGAGUCAAAAAGGACUUUACAACUUCGGAGUGACAUGGAAUUUUAUUGAGAAUUUACAGAAUCAGUAGAUGUGUCAUUUUGUGGCAAACAACCUGAAAUUUCACUUAAAAGUGUUUAGUGUCAUUUGGUUUAAUGUGACUUGCUUGUGUUGUGAUGCAGCAAAAAUCUAACCUGUAAUCAAUUUCUUUCAUCACUUGUCGCAACAAAUCAGGUGUAACUUGUGCAAUGGAAGUAUAGAUUUCAUUUUUUGUGUUGGCUAAAUUGUUUGUUAGGGGAGGAACAUACAAAUGGUCUUUAAUGAAACCCCAGAAAAAGAAAUCCAGUAGCGUCAAGUUUGGGAGCGAGGUGGCAAUGAGAAUACCCAUUCAUGGUCAGUCCACCGACCUGGGAAGCAGUUAUCAGGAAACCAUCUUGCUGAUAGUAAGCUAUCCUAUCUUGCUUAUAUUUAUUGAUCUGUGGAAUAAAUAGUUUUCAAUCAUAUCCAGAUACACAAUACCAGUGACAGUUUUCUCCAUGAAGAGGAAAGGGCCAUACACUUUCAGUUUGCUAAGGGCACUAAACACAUUAACUUUGGGGCCAUCAUGAACCUGUUCUAAGGUUGCAUGUGGAUUUUCACUGCCCCAUAUUCUGCAGUAGUGGAUGUGCCAUUGAUAUGAAAUGUUGACUCUUUGCUGAAGAUUAUUAUGUUCAGAAAUGUCUUGUCAUCGUAUAUCUGAUCCAACACUUCCGCACAGAAUUCCCAAUGAGCAGUCUUCACUGCAUCGCUAAUGUGCUGUGACAUUGUGAAUAUGUGUGGUUUUAAAUGUACACAUCUAUUCAGUACUCGCCAAACAAUCUUGUGUGGAAUGCCAGUCUCACAAGAUGCAUGUCGUGUUGAUUUUUGUGGAGUACGGGCAAAGCUCUGCCUAACAUACACACAUCAAAAAAAGUUUUGCAUCAUCUACAGAAGAUACAUGUUGACUGUGGAUGUUGUAUCACGGACCCAGUCCCUUUGACUGUUCAGAGAAAGGUGUAAACAACCAUGCAUCAGCAGCGCCUAUUAGACGGAGGGGGUCUGACAGCAAAUCAGUUCCAGUCAUUUCACCAGGUAGGAGGUACAUGGCUCGUGUUGUCUGUAGUUCAACCAUGCCUAGACAUUCAAUAUUGCAGUUUGAUCACGUCUGCAUUGUUACUUUGUGCCAGGAAGGGCUCUCGACAAGGAAAGUGUCCAGGCAUCUUUCAGUGAACCAAAGCGAUGUUGUUCGGACAUGGAGGAGAUACAGAGAGACAGGAACUGUCGAUGACAUGCCUCACUCAGGCCGCCCAAGGGCAAGUACCGCAGUGGAUGGCUGCUACCUACAUAUCAUGGCUCAGAGGAACUCUGACAGCAACACCACCUUGUUGAAUAAUGCUUUUUGUGCAGCCACAGGACGUCAUGUUAUGAUUCAAACUGAGCAUAAUAGGCUGCGUGAUGCGCAACUUCACUUCCAACGUCCAUGGUGAGGCCCAUCUUUGCAACUCCGACACCAUGCAGCGUGGUACAGAUGGGCCCAACAACAUGCCGAAUGGACUGCUCAGGAUUGGCAUCACGUUCUCUUCACUGGUGAAUGUCGCAUAUGCAUUCAGGCAGACAAUUGUCGGAAACAGGCUGAACACCUGAGGCACACUGUCCAGUGAGUGCAGCAAUGUGGAGGUUCUGUGCUGUUUUGGGGUGGCAUUAUGUGGGGCUGACGUAAGCCGCAGGUGUUCAUGGAAGGUACCGCAGGUGUUCUUGGAAGGUACCGUAACGGCAGUAUGAUACGUGAAUGCUAUCCUCCAACCGAUAAUGCAACUAUAUCGGCACCAUAUUGGUGAGUCAUUCGUCUUCAUGGACGAUAAUUUGCACCCCCAUCGUGCACAUCUGUUGAAUGACUUCCUUCAGGAUAACGACAUCACUCGACUAGAGUGGCCAGCAUGUUCUUCAGACAGGAACCCUAUUGAACAUACUUGGUAUAGAUUAAAAAGGGCUAUUUAUGGAUGACGUGACCCAGCGACCACUGUGAGGGAUCUAUGCUGAAUCGCUGUUGAGGAGUGGGACAAUCUGGACUAACAGUGCCUUGAUGAAGUUGUGUAUAGUAUGCCAUGACAAAUACAGGAAUGCAUCAAUGCGAGAGGACGUGCUACAUGAUAUUAGAAGUACCGGUGUGUACAACAAUCUGGACCACCAACUCUGAAGGUCUUGCUAUAUGGUGGCAUGACUUGCAAUGUGUUGUUUUCAUGAGCAAUAAAAAUGGCGGAAAUGAUGUUUGUGUUAAUCUGUAUUCCAAUUUUCUGUACAGGUUCCGGAACUCUCAGAGCCGAGGUGAUGGAAAACUUAUUUCGAUGUGUGUAUUCAACAUAAUUACAUGGUGACUUGAUGAUUCAUCAUGUUGCAAUGAACAACAUGCCUCAACAAAGUUCUUCUGCCAAGAGUAAAUUAUAAGUCUGCUUGAAGGUCCUUCAGCGUAUUUGGUGUGAAAUUUAUGCCGAGCAGUUGCAGAGUUUGUUUCAUGAAACCAAAACACACAGCGAGUACGCUCUGUACCAAUGAAAGUAUCCUUUUAACUGCAGUAUGCUUGUCACUCCUGGUGUCAGGAUGGGGUACUGAUGCACUAUGUGAUUCGAACUUGAGGUCCUUUGCUACAAAAUGACAGCUACCAAUACUGUAAAUUACUUCAAUAAUUUUUUAUAUAAUUCCAAAGUUGUAAACUCCUCCUUGAGUUGCCAUUUAUAUAUAAUUGAGGAGCCAGCAGCUUUUUUGAGAGUACCAGUUUUCCCUUUAAUCUACUUGAUUACAUUUGUUUAGUGUUAACCCGAACAGCAUUAAGUAAUGUAAUGACAGUUUUUUAAUACAGUCUGUAGUUUUAAGUUCA